AUGCGAUGUUGUCUCUUCCUCAGCUCGAAGUCCGAUCUUUUCCCAUGUUCUGGCGACACUGCAUGGGCUGCCUUGCAUCCGGGCGGCCCGGACGAGGGACUCCAGCCGAUGGCUGAUCGGACUAUACCGAGUAAUGGAUGUGCACACGCCCAUACAAGUGCUGAUUACUGCGGGUCAGCGUUGGCUCACCAUCAGGCUGGAUAUCAUCUGUCUGGCCUACACGCUUUGCAUCGCUAUGGUCUGCAUUUUUCACGACUUUCACCGAGGUAG